UGACGCAUGCGUCCACCCCUGCGGAAUCGAUUUUAAUGAUACUUUGUCCUAAUACCUACACCCUUCAAUUUGCUAGACGUUUAGUGUUUAAAUAUUAUUUUUGAGGUGGAAUAGAUAAUAUCAAGGAAUAGGGGGAUAGGGGAAUGGCUUGUUUUGGUGAAUGUUGGGAUGCAGGGCCCCCUCCCGACAGUAUACUAUUUAUUCCUCCUCCACCCGCGCCGUCUUUUCUUCAGCCGGCACUUCCAGAUUUGCUACUGAACACGACACCGUGCUCUUCUACGCAAGUUUGCGAGGCUUGGGUCAAUCACGUGCAAGGAAAUGUUGGAACAGGAGUGGGAGGAGAAUACGUCGAGUUACCACGAAAAGAUUUGGAAACUGCGUGGUCUGUCUCCAACAUUGAUGACACAUGGCUGUUAGUCCUUGUUGCGUCUUCGAUCGGAGUCCUGUUACUAGGUGCACUGUUGGCCAUGUUUUUAUUAAAAUGCAGAGAAUUGAAUAUUUUUGGUAAUAACGAAUGCUCAAUGGUGCACACCAGAGAUCACCAUCGUCAAAUCAAAAAUCACGAACCAAGAGAAUGUACCUCAAUUAACAGCAUGAACACAAAUAAGCUCGUUCACCCGUCGGAAGCGGUUCUAUACACCGGACCCUCUAACGUGCAAGACAAUCGCAUGGUGUGGGCGGCGCUAACUCCAAGAGGAACUCAACAUUUCAUAUCAGAAAACUACCCACGAAAUUUAAUAGAUUACGAAGACCACUACGAAACAGUCGAUAAUUUAAAUAUACAACCGGUGGCGACCGUCACCUACACUACGUGCCAAAAAGGUUUGGAAUUGAAAUUAGCUAGAGAAAAUAAAGGUAUUGAUAAUUCUGGGUUCGUAGAUUAUGACUAUGAAGACCCAACUCCGUUAAUUGAGAGUUAUCAGAUGAACGAUAUCGAGAAUAGAGACGAUUCGCCAUAUUACUCGAGCUUUGGCAACACAGACAUGCGAUGCGCCAGUCUUGGAAGUUCAUACCGAAGAGGCAUCGCGCUCAAUUUACCAUUAAGGCCACGCGUAUCAUCCCCUACGCGCAUCGAACAUCCAAAUCUACCACCGCUGAAUCUCUAUCCCCAUAAGGGAGCAAAUGCGACUAUCACAUUGAAAAGAAACAACUUGACAUAUAGAAGAGCGGACAGUAUUCCUUAUCGGAGUAAUGACGCCAUUUUGCCAAAAUACGGCUGUUAAAGUACCUAUAAAGUACGAUUAAAAUGCGACAUCAUCAAUUUUUCUUCUCUAUCCCCGUCUAUUCCCAUAAUCACUUCACCAAUGUCUUGAAAAUUCAAGAACUCUUUUAGUGGAGAAAAUGUAUUUAUGUGCAACAUACAGUCUAAAGAACACAAAUUUUUAUAAUGUGUAAAUGCCUUGAUCGUUAUUUUGCUGUUUAUUGUAUGUUAUCAGAUGAACGAUAUCGAGAAUAGAGACGAUUCGCCAUAUUACUCGAGCUUUGGCAACACAGACAUGCGAUGCGCCAGUCUUGGAAGUUCAUACCGAAGAGGCAUCGCGCUCAAUUUACCAUUAAGGCCACGCGUAUCAUCCCCUACGCGCAUCGAACAUCCAAAUCUACCACCGCUGAAUCUCUAUCCCCAUAAGGGAGCAAAUGCGACUAUCACAUUGAAAAGAAACAACUUGACAUAUAGAAGAGCGGACAGUAUUCCUUAUCGGAGUAAUGACGCCAUUUUGCCAAAAUACGGCUGUUAAAGUACCUAUAAAGUACGAUUAAAAUGCGACAUCAUCAA